AUGCCUCUCAAGUCGGAUCUGAGUGUCGCUGGGGAGAAGCUCGACCCCAAAAACAUAUCACAAGCAACACACGAAUUCAAUGACAACCUCAUCAAGAUCAUGGAAGGAGGACCGAAGUGGUACGACGUAGGAGCAGAAAAGUACCGCCGGAUGCGAGAAGCGGGCGAGACUCCCUUGCCAGCCCCUGUCCUCCUCGAAGGCGGCAAGAACAUUACCCUCCCUUCACGCGAUCAAGGCCGCAAGAUCCCUUGCCGUGUCUUCGAGCCCUCAGACGGCAAAGCUAAAGGUGUUUUCCUCCACAUCCACGGCGGCGGCUGGGUUCUCCAAUCCGAGAGAGCGCAAGACCCAUACCUCAAAUUCCUGGCCGAUACCUGCCGCAUGGUCGUCGUCAGCGUGGGAUACCGCCUAGCCCCGGAACACCCCUAUCCAGCGCCGAAUGAAGAUUGCUACGACAUUGGCGAGUACCUCAUCGACAACGCGGAGAAAGACUAUGGUGUCCCGCUCCUAUUCCUUGGUGGCGAGAGCGCAGGUGGCCAUCUCAGCGCUGUGACGUGCCUGCACUUGUUCAAGUCUCGACCAAAGUUCGCUUUCAAGGGAUUGGUGCUCAACUACGGCGUCUACGACUUAAGCGGCCUGCUUCCACAAGCAUACAACUUCAAGCUCCCGCUCGUGCUCGACUUCGAGAUCAUGAGCAAGUUCAUCGAAGCGUAUGCGGCGGGUAAGUCGAUAGAAGAGAGGCGGGACCCGGAUAUCAGUCCUUUCUUCGCGGAUCUUGCGAGUUUGAGGGGCAAGCUGCCACCGGCGCUGUUUACUGUUGGUGGACAGGAUUUGCUUCUAGACGACACGGUCAUGAUGGCGACCAAGUGGAUGAUGAGUGGGAACGAGGGCAUCAUGAAGAUCUAUCCUGGCGCUCCGCAUGGAUUUACGCUGUUCCUACCGAGUGUGAAGACGGAGACAGUCAAGGAGGCUAUGGAUGAUAUUGAGACUUUUGUCGGUGAGCGCUGUUAA